CAGCGUUUGCUCGUUGCGUAGUGAAAAGGUUUAAAACAUUCAUUUCAGUGAAGAUUUCUGGUUUUACCAUCGGAACUUGUUGAAACUAGCAGUGUUCAAACCAAGUUCAAAUUACUUGUAGACCAUUUGGAUUUAAUAAUGUCUAGUUCGUUUGGUGCUACGAACUACAUGAAAGCUAGCAAUAGUGAAUUUAUCAAGUCUUCAUUACCACAUCAUCGGGAAGACGCCAUGAUACAUUCAAGCUCUUCCGUAUCUAGUUACGGCUAUCCAAACACGAACAAAGGAGAGAAACAUCUCAUGACCGAUUUAAAUCGGCGAACUAGUCAACGUAAACGUGCCAAAGUUGAAUACUCUGAAGUGGAUGAAAAGUUGGCAAAACUGACAGAUGAUGAACAGUCUGACUCAGAGCUUCUUAAGGAUAAUGGUGUGGAGUUUGAUCGACAAAAUUCAAAACAAUCUGAGAAGGACAUGAUGGAAAAUGAUGAUGAUGAAGAUGAUGAUGACUUACCUACAGGCCUUGAGGGUGCUGCCUUUCAAAGUCGUUUGCCGUAUGACAAAAUGACAACCCAGGAAAGCAAUUACUUUCGGGAUAUUUCAGAUGGUCAACCAAAUGUUCAGAGGCAGUUUCUUUAUGUCAGAAACAGACUGCUUCAACUGUGGUUGGCUAACCCAAAACAGCAAUUAAUCAUAGAGCAGGCCAUACGGGAAAUGGACCCUCAGCAAAAAGUUGAAAGCAAGCUUGUACAUCGAGUUUUCGCGUUUUUGGAGCGAUAUGGUUCGAUUAAUUUUGGAGUAUACAAGCAGUUAAAACCUCAUCCAAAAAUUACCAAUUCACCCAAGAUUCUCGUGGUUGGUGCAGGCAUAUCUGGUCUGACUGCUGCCAGGCAGUUGCAGUCAUUUGGUUUUAACGUCACUAUGAUAGAAUCCAGGGAAAGAGUUGGUGGUCGAGUGGCGACGUUUCGUAAAGGACAAUACAUCGCUGAUCUUGGUGCAAUGGUGUUAACUGGACUGGGUGGAAAUCCUCUCACGGUUCUCAGUAGCCAAGUGAACAUGGAACUUCAUAAAAUCAAUCAGAGAUGUCCUCUCUUCGAGACAAAUGGACGAAACGUUCCGAAAGACAAAGACGACAUGGUAGAGCAAGAGUUCAAUCGUUUACUCGAAGCGACCUCUUAUAUUACACAUCAGUUAGACUUCAAUCAGAUCGAUGGUAAACCGCUGACCCUCGGACAGGCCCUGGAAAUGGUCAUCAAGUUGCAAGAAAAACAAGUCAAAGAACAGCAAAUCAUUCAUUGCAAGAAAAUUUUGGAGAUUCAAGAGAAAAUGAAAUUGGUUUUAGCACAGAUGAAACAGGUGAAAGAAAAACUCGCUGUAACUCAUCAAGAAUACUUAGAAUCCUUAAAAGUUCCCGAACCUAGGGACAUCGAUGCCGAGUUCGAAGUAAGGAGUAAACUCAGAGAUAUCUGUUAUCUAUGCAAGGAAUAUGAUGCAUUGGAUGAGGAGCAACAUCAACUCGGUGAAAAGUUGAUUGAGCUUGAAGAUAAUCCUCCAAGUGAUGUAUACUUAUCGUCUCGUGACCGCCAGAUUCUUGACUGGCAUUUCGCCAAUUUGGAGUUUGCUAACGCUGUCCCACUAGAGCACCUCUCGUUGAAACACUGGGAUCAGGACGACGAUUUUGAAUUUAGUGGUAGUCACGUGACUGUACAAAAUGGCUACGCUUGCCUUCCCGCAGCUCUCGCCGAAGACCUUGACAUUCGUCUCAAUACCGCUGUCAAACAGAUAAGAUACAGUCGAACAGGUGUCGAAGUCAUCACACAAAGCACGACGAAAGCGGCCAUUAGCACGACACAGAGUUUUAAGGGUGACGUGGUCUUAAUCACGUUACCGUUGGGUGUUUUGAAAGCCAUGCCAGAGACUGUUCAAUUUCAUCCUCCUUUGCCUGAGUGGAAAACAAAAGCAAUAGACAGAAUGGGAUUUGGGAACUUGAAUAAAGUUGUCCUAUGUUUCGAUCGUGUGUUCUGGGAUCGCUCGACGAACCUCUUUGGUCACGUGGGAAGCACAACAGCUAAGCGUGGUGAGCUAUUCUUGUUUUGGAAUCUUUACAAGACACCUAUAUUAAUAGCGUUGGUCGCAGGGAAAGCUGCCAACGAGUUAGAAGCAGUUGCCGACGAAAUAAUUGUGGGACGUUGUGUUGCUGUACUCAAAGGGAUAUUUGGGAGCGGUAAUGUACCCCAGCCUCGUGAGACCGUAGUAACAAGAUGGAAAUCUGACGAAUGGUCUCGAGGUUCCUACUCGUACGUUGCCGCCGGCUCGUCGGGUAACGACUACGACUUGAUGGCUUCCCCGGUCGCUAACUCCAGUCCAGGCGCUGGUCUGGGUCCCGCUCAACCUAGGGUAUUCUUUGCUGGGGAGCAUACAAUACGUAACUAUCCUGCUACAGUCCACGGUGCUUUGCUCAGCGGUCUCAGGGAAGCAGGGAGAAUCGCUGAUCAAUUUCUGGGCGCCCCUUAUAACGCAGGACGCAUGUGAACUGAAAUAUACGUCAUGACAACUAGUAGAUCAUGUACAUAUGAAACGAAACCAAGAAACAUGAGGAAAGGUUAUUUUAUUUUGGACCGUUUUUCUCUGUCUGUAUUUAGUUUUUGGUGUUUCUGAAUGUCAUAAUUGUUUGUGCGUGAGGUAUGAUUAUGUAAUGAAUUUAUAUGUACGUAGAUUACAUGAUGGUUGGCGAGUACAUGUGACUUUUCUGCA